GGCUCCACCCCCCAGAGAAGAGGAGCCGCAGCCCCUGCAGGACGGGGGUGAGAACCGGAGGCUGAGGGAGCCAGACCCUGGGUCCCCGAGGGGGGCUGGGGUUUGUUCACGAUAGGAAGACCGAGGCCCACGGUUGGGCUACGCUAGGCUGUCGGAACUUUGUAGCAGGUAGUAGAGCUCGUGGUUCAGGGGAGGGAACUUCGAUCGAUAGGGUCUCCGGGCAGGGCCGGGCGCCUGAGACUCGGGAGCGCGGUGAAGCCGAGGGAAGUUGGGUGGGUGUGGGGGGCGGUGCUGGAGAGGCACUAAGAGUCGAACGAAGGGCGCUGUGGGUCGGAGCUUCCACCUCGCCGUCCACGCCGCAGUGUGGGAGCCUUCGAAUCUAGAGGAGGAAAGCGAGCAGCGGUGCGGUGGAGGGUAGAAAGAGUAAGAGGAAUUAAGUGAGGCGACGUGAGCCGGGCACUGGAGGUUGGCUCCACUUGCCCCUCCGGAGGAAGAGGCAAACUGCGGAACGGAAGGCGUCCUGGGACCGCCUCGACCCCCUGGCUCCCGCAGGCCUGCGUCGCGAUGGGUUCCGCGGCUGCCCCGGAGCGAGCGCUGGGCUACGUCCGCGAGUUCACGCGCCACUCCUCCGACGUGCUCGGCAACCUCAACGAGUUGCGCCUGCGCGGGAUCCUCACCGACGUCACGCUUCUGGUUGGCGGGCAACCUCUCCGAGCUCACAAGGCGGUUCUUAUCGCCUGCAGUGGCUUUUUCUAUUCAAUUUUCCGAGGCCGUGCAGGCGUUGGGGUGGAUGUGCUCUCUCUGCCCGGGGGCCCCGAAGCCGGAGGCUUCGCUCCUCUUCUAGACUUCAUGUACACUUCUCGCCUACGCCUCUCUCCGGCCACUGCACCAGCUGUUCUUGCAGCCGCCACCUACUUGCAGAUGGAUCAUGUGGUCCAGGCAUGCCACCGCUUCAUUCAGGCCAGCUAUGAACCUCUGGGCAUCUCCCCGCGGCCCCUGGAGGCAGAACCCCCCACGCCCCCAACGGCCCCUCCACCAGGCAGUCCCAGGCGCUCCGAAGGGCACCCAGACCCACCUACUGAGUCUCGCAGCUGCAGUCAAGGCCCCCCCAGUCCAGGCAGCCCAGACCCCAAGGCCUGCAACUGGAAAAAAUACAAGUUCAUCGUGCUAAACUCUCAGGCCUCCCAAGCAGGGAGCCUGGCGGGGGAGAGGAGUUCUGGUCAACUUUGCCCCCAAGCUGGGUUCCCCAGUGGAGACGAGGCUUCCAGCAGCAGCAGCAGCAGCAGCAGCAGCAGCAGCAGCAGCAGUGGCAGCGAAGAAGGACCCAUUCCUGGUCCCCAGAGCAGGCUCUCUCCAACUGCUGCCACUGGACAGUUUAAAUGUGGGGCUCCAGUCAAUACCCCCCAUCUCGCACCCCAGGGUCGGGAAGCCACUGAAUCAUCACCCUCUGGGCGGGUUCACCCACCACCAGGAAGUGAAUUUUUCAGCUGCCAAAACUGUGAGGCUGUGGCUGGGUGCUCAUCGGGGCUGGACCCCUUAGCUCCUGGGGAUGAGGACAAGCCCUACAAGUGUCAGCUCUGCCGGUCUGCCUUCCGCUACAAGGGCAACCUGGCCAGUCACCGCACUGUGCACACAGGGGAAAAGCCCUACCACUGCUCCAUCUGCGGAGCCCGCUUUAACCGGCCGGCUAACCUGAAAACGCAUAGCCGCAUCCAUUCGGGAGAGAAACCCUAUAAGUGUGAGACGUGUGGUUCCCGCUUCGUACAGGUGGCGCAUCUGCGCGCGCACGUGCUGAUCCACACAGGGGAGAAACCCUAUCCUUGCCCCACCUGCGGGACUCGCUUCCGCCACCUACAGACCCUCAAAAGCCAUGUUCGUAUCCACACGGGGGAGAAGCCUUACCACGAACCAGUGACUUCAUGAAGUUUCUCCGGAGCCACCUGCAUCCGGCUGCUCUGAGGUCAUUUCCUGCAUGAAGUGUGGAGGUGGCAGGGAGAAGCCAGGAAGCCACUAAUAAUACCAAGAGACUGGGGGAUGCAUCUGUGCUGGGAUACCGCCUACCACCACCAUCACCACCAAAAAAAUGCAUAGAACUUGGGUCCCCUGAGGACAAUAGGGGCUGGAGGUGGCAGUGAGAAGGCUGUGUGGUUAGAGCCAACAUGGCAGCUCUACUCUCCCCCAGCAAUGGUGUUUUGGAAUCUAUCCUUUGUCCAGUGUAUGCUUCUCUCCCAUGCUGUCCCCUGUCCUGUGUGUGUCCUGGGUGGACACCUCUGUUUUACCCUGUGGGCAGAGGGUGGAAGUUUACUAAUUUUGAUAAGUUACCUCCCUUUGGACUUGAAUUACUCAUCUGUGAAACAGGUCCAUUAGCAUGGUCUCUGCAUUCCUUCCAACAUUUACAGUUUAUGGUUGUGUUUCUGUGUUUUAAAACCCGUGACCUGGAUUAGAUUUUUAAAAAGAUUAAAAAAAAAAAAAGAAGGAAAUAAACUUGGAAACUAAAACCUUCCUUCUCCUCCCACCACAGUUUAUCCUCUGUUGAAAAUGAGACCAGCUCCUGGCUGGUGUGGCUCAGUGGACUGAGUGCGGGCCUGUGAACCAAGAGAUCGCAGUUUGAUUCCCAGUCAGGGUACAUGCCUGGGUUGCAAGCCAGUUCCCAGCAGGGGGUGCAUGAGAGGCAGCCAUACAUUGAUAUUUCUCUCCCUCUCUCCUUCCCUUCCCCUCUAAAGAUAAAUAAAUAAAAUCUUAAAAACAAAAAAAGAAGUUGGCAUUAAAAAAAAAAAGAAAAUGAGACCAGCUAAUACUCCUGCUACAUGUCAGGCUCUAAACUAAACUAAACAUUUUAGUGCCCAGGUUUUCUAAUUCAAUUCCCCUGACAACCUUAAAAAGGUUGCUAUUAUCCUCAAUUUACAGAUAGGGAAAUGAACUAAAAGGUUCAAUGUCCUGGCCAAGUUAAAAAGUGAUGACGCCAAGGCUGGAACCAUGAUUCUGAAGACUGUGCUCCUUACCACUGUUACACUGUCACUCCACUUUCUACACAUUGACCUAUUCCUCCACCACCCAAAAGUUUGAUUCCACUUACCAAAAAAAAAAAAAAAAAAGGUUUUUUGGAGUAUGACUAUAUGUAUUUCCCAUAUAUAAAAUUACAAGAGUCAGUAUGCUUUUUAAAAUUACAUAGUCUUCCUUCCUCCCCAUCCCUCAUGUGUCUGGGUAUAAGUCCUUGAGUCCAAGUUUCAAGAUCAGGGUCCCAGGGAGCUUGAAUUAUAAAGAAGCAGGAAGACAAGCCACUAAUGCUAUAGGAGGUGGAGGACUGGGUAGGAGGGACAGAUUGCUCCCUGUCCCUGUGGUCAUGGUUUGUCUCUUUGUCUCUAGGCUAUCUAAUCGUGAUAUCAAAAACUGUGGUUAGCGCUGGUUGGUGUAGCUCAGUGGACUGAGCGCGGGCCUGAAAACUAAGGGUUGACGGUUGGAUUCCUAGUCAGGGCACAUGCCUGGGUUGCAGGCCAGUUCCCAGCAGGGGGCGCAUGAGAAGGCAUCCAUACAUUGAUAUUUCUCUCCCUCUUUCCUUCCCUUCCCCU